AUGUCUUUCUUCGGCACCGGUGCACGUUCGGCGCCCGCGGCCGGUCAAUUGGACCAACAACGGCUCGGCGAAGCGGCGAUGGAGCUCGAGGCCGUGUCGGACCUGUUCAACCGGAUCGUGUCGUCGUGCCAUGCCAAGUGCAUCUCGACGAGGUACACGGAAGCCGAGUUGAACAAGGGGGAAGGGGUCUGUGUGGACCGGUGAGUUGGAUAAUCUGGAAUUGGCGGGGAUGAGGGAGGGAGAAGAGUUGGGUUGAGCUGGGAUGCAGGGAGGAGGUGGUGGUGGUUCAGCCGGUAGUGUACCCCAGUGGGGUGUAGGAUAGUAUGAGCUGACACAUUGUUGCGUUGAUACAGAUGUGUGUCCAAGUACUUUGCCGCCAACGAAAAGGUCCAAGAACGAUUACAAAAGUGAGGCCGGGUUUAGAAAAGGGCUGACGAGGCGUGGCAGGGGAGGGGGAUUACUGAUCAGGUAGUGCUCGUUCGACUUGUCUACAGUGCACAAAAGGCCGGUGGAGGACUCGCUGGGAUGUAA